AUGUCAGCGCUCGUGACCGUUCCGCGCGUUGCUUUGUCCGGCGCAAAUUCAAAGCGUAGCCCAUGCACUCGUAUAAAAUACGCUCCAGGACUCUACGUCCUGUCACAGCUGUUCCAGCUGCUGGUCUUCCUCCCUCACCACUACCCUCGCCCAUCUCUUGCCUCCUACCCACCAAUGCCUGCCAUCACCUUUCGUGCGACAGAGGGGAUGGUUUUGGGACUUCCUGACGAGGACGUACCGGCUCAUGUCAAGCGCUAUGCCAUGUACUUGCCGAAUGCAGAGGACUUUGCCCGAAUCCAAGCAGAGAUUCAGCUCGACACCUUAAGCCAAGAGGAUGGAGACGACUCAGUAUUGUCGAUGGACAACUCGGUCAUGUCGGUCGAUGAUGCGAGCUUCUGGGCUGCAAAUGCCCUGGUGGCAUUUCCCUCGUCGCAGCAACCAAGCGAAGCCAAUUCAGGGCCCACACCAGCUCAAUCCAUUGCCAACCGCUAUCGUGCUGGUCUUCCGAUCGGUUUGGAUUCGGCUCUCACCCUGCAGGCUGGCAGCGACACCAACUCAUAUGAUAUGCUAGAGGAAGUGGAAGAAACCUUUGCCCGAGAGCCAUCGUUUGCACCACUAAACUUUGCUGUUCGUGCUCGUUUCUGCUCACAAAGUCUCAAACAGCUUGCCACCGUGCGCAAGGAAUCUUUCGGGGAGCGUGGCACUGGCCUGCGGGAGGACGCCAGCUGCAGCCGUUCCGAUUUUGCUCAGAAUAGCAAGGCUUUAGUCUUUCACCAGCACAUGCGUAACGUCUAUGAAAAAAGCUGGAAGUGCGAGCCUUGUGGGGCGUUUUUUACUAAACGCUACGAGCUUACCGACCACCUCUGCACCUGCCCCCAAGCACUCAUGGUGCAAGACAUGUUCACUUCGCGGCCCAGCCCCGUCCGUGAAACAUUCAAGCGGGUUUUGUCAAAAUUUACCUCCCACUAA